CACAUGAGUAACAAGAACCUGCCAAUUAAACCAAGAGGAAAGGAAAGGGAAAAAAAAGAGCAAGCAAGGGACCUGUUGGGGUCGGUCUGCUCGGCACUAAUGGAAAGAAGCCAGCUGCUGUGUUUGCUUGUUUUUGAAGGCUGAACGAAAUCUGUUUCUCUCACCACAGAACAUGUGCAGGAAGAGGUUUAUUUCUGAGCAGGAGUUUGUUUUGCUGUCUGCGGCAAGUGUGUAGCAAUCGGAGAGAAGGCAGCUUGUCUUGCUCCGCUCUGCCUCACUGGUUGCUUCUUCAGCUGCUAGGGAGAUGGUCCGGCUAAGGCGCUUGUCUCCUUAAGGCUGCUAUCCAAGGGCAUCAGUUAUUAACUUACUAAGCUACAUCUGCUGUUUGCCUAAAGCUGAGGGGUGAAAAAAGAGGCAGCAUCUUAAGCUGGCAUUGGACUGGUGAACCGAGGACAAGCUAACCGCAUACAGGGGUCUGCAGCCUUCUCCUGAUUCUCCCUUCAUCCGCGUGUAUGGCAAUGACAGGAUAAUGAAGUCCCAGAUCUGUGCUGUGGAUUGUGACUGCAGCACUUGGAAGAGAAGCAGGUGAAAAAAGGAAGGAAUAAAGUCACCGAUGACUGCAGAAAAAUCACUUGGCAGACCGACAGGUCUCUGCUGGGAUUCUCUUGACUUCCUCGCUCAUUCCUAAGGAUUUUCCUUUACGGUUGCUGCCAGGGUUUGGGUUUGGAUCUCCAGUUCUGUAUGUGUUACAUCUCAAGAGAUACCUCUGCUGGCAGUCUUUCAGCUGUUCAUGUUUUAGCCUGCCGUCCUGUCUUCCCAGCUCACUCUGGUCGAUUCUCCUUCAGUAAACACCUGCUCUUUCUCUCCUGGGUGGCUGCCACCUCUGCUCCUGAUUGAAACGUGUUGAGGACACAGGAAAAGAAGAUGCCCGCCAUCCUGGUGGCCUCCAAGAUGAAGUCUGGUCUGCCCAAGCCAGUGCACAGCGCUAUUCCAAUCCAGCACCUACCUGCCAGAACUCCGGCCCCACCCAGCUACCUGAAACUGGGGAGUAAGCUGGAAGUGUGCAAGUCCACCUACUCCAGCCAGAUCCCUAUGAAGUCGCCUCAUGGGCAUGACAGUGACGGAGAUGGCACUCUGCACCGAGCAAGUCACGUUUUAGACAAUGGAAUUGACCCCCAGAUUUACACUGACUGGGCAAACCACUAUCUGGCACGAUCAGGCCAUAAGCGCCUCAUCAAAGAUCUACAGCAAGAUGUAACUGAUGGUGUACUACUGGCUGAAAUCAUUCAGGUUGUAGCUAAUGAGAAGAUUGAAGAUAUCAAUGGCUGUCCAAAGAGUCGAUCUCAGAUGAUUGAAAACAUUGAUGCCUGCCUGAGCUUCUUAGCAGCAAAGGGUGUUAACAUACAAGGCCUGUCUGCUGAAGAAAUCAGGAAUGGAAACCUAAAGGCAAUUUUAGGCCUUUUUUUCAGCCUAUCCCGGUACAAACAACAGCAGCAGCAACAACAACAGCAAAGCCAGGUUGUGCAAAAGCAGCCUUCCCAGUCCCACCACCAGCCCAGUACGGUCUCCCAGCAUCAUCAUUCAGCUCAUCAUCAGAGUCAAACUGGAAUUCAGCAGCACGGGCAAGCUACCCCCCUCCCCACCACCCAGCCUGGUCAUCCAGCCACCAUUCAGUGCCAACCUCAACUGCAGGCAUUGCAACAGCAGCAAAAAGCACAAGCGGAAAUGCAGUCAAGUAUCCCACCCAAGGAUUCACCUCAAAGUAAACUUCUCAAGUUUACCCUUGGUCAGAAAAAAUCUUCUAGGCUACCUGGUCCCACUGCCCGGAUUACAGCAGCAGGUAGCGAGGCGAAGACACGGGCAUCUGUUAGUGCCAACAAUCGUCGCAGCCAGAGCUUUAACAACUUUGACAAAUCCAAACCAGCACCUCCACCCACGAUCAACCAAGAAAAAGAGCCAGCAGACAGUGCAACUGUCCAGCAGCAAGGAAUGAGUGAAAGUGUGCAGCCUUCAGCUCCCAUUACCUAUUGCGGGAAUACCAGCAGUACCACUGGCAGCUCCUCAUCAGCAAUCCCUCAGCCCAAUGCAACUAACAAACCUUGGCGGAGUAAAUCCCUCAAUGCAAAGCACACAGCCACGUCUUCCAUGCUCUCGGUGAAACAGCCCAGUCAGGAAUCUCCAAAACCACCUCCUGAAGUCCCCAAGACUACUCCCAAUGGACAGAAAUCUAUGCUAGAAAAGUUAAAGCUCUUUAACACCAAAGGGGGUUCUAAGACUUCAGGAGUGAACCCCGAAAGCUGUGGAACACGGGACAGCAUAGCUGAAAAAGUAGAAGCUCCUUCAGUUGGAGAGGAGCCUGAAGAUACUGAUUCAGGAUGUCGUGCGGCUCCCACCACUGCCACAGCCACCAGCAGCCCUAAAAUUGCCCUGAAGGGAAUUGCUCAGAGGACUUUUAGCAGGGCUCUGACAGCCAAGAAGAGUUCGGUGAAAGGUGCUGAAAAAGAGAAAGAAAAACAAAAGGAUAAAGACAAAUCAAAAGAGAUAUCAAAGCGAGUCUCAGUGACUGAAAAAGUAGAGGCCAAGGAGGAGCCCAAAGAGGAACUGGCAGGGGUGGCUGCAUCAGAAUCUAAAAAAUCCUCCAAGAUUGCAAGCUUUAUACCUAAAGGUGGAAAGGUCGGCAUUACUAAGAAAGAGACCUCUGCUCCAGCACACAGUGGCAUACCAAAACCUGGGAGCAAAACAUCAGCAACAGGGAAGUCAGCAGGUUCUGGAAAAGAAGUGGAGAGGCCACGUAGCGCAAAGCUUGGCCCUGGUCUUUCCCUACAGAAGGGACAACUGGACAGUAGAAACUCAAGUUCUUGCUCUAGCCUUGCCUCUUCAGAAGGAAAGGCUAAUGGAAGUACACCUCAUCAAGCCAACAGCAGCAGUCAGGCACCCAGUACUACUCAAACCACAGGAAGUAACACUAUCAGCGUUCAGCUACCUCAUCCUCAGCAGCAAUAUAACCAUCCCAACACUGCCACGGUUGCCCCCUUCAUGUACAGGUCACAAGCAGAUGUUGAUGGGAGUGCAGUGACAGACUCUGGGUCCGGAGGAAGCAAUGUGGAUCCAGCUGUCUUUAGUAAAACAGGACAGAUGUGCUCUGAAGACCUUACAGGUGAAGAUCCAGAAACCAGACGCCUUCGCACUGUUAAAAAUAUUGCUGACCUUCGGCAAAAUUUGGAAGAAACAAUGUCUAGCUUACGGGGAACACAGAUCACACACAGCACGUUGGAAACCACAUUUGAUGGUAGCGUCACAACUGAGAUCAGUGGACGUAGCAUCCUCAGCUUGACGGCAAGACCCACACCAUUGUCAUGGAGACUUGGCCAAUCAAGCCCUCGCCUGCAAGCUGGAGACGCCCCCUCAAUGGGCAAUGGGUACCCUCCAAGAGGGAACGCAAGUCGCUAUAUAAGCAGUGAAUCUGGAAGAUACAUGUACUCUGCCCCCUUCAGGAGGCAGCUGGCAUCGAGAAGCAGUAACAUCUGCAGUGUUGACUUGGCUGACAAGGCAGAAGACAUGGAUUUAGAAACUAUCAACAUGGAGGCUACCGGCUACAUGAGUGAUGGUGAUGUCCUUGGAAAAAAUUUAAGGACUGAUGAUGUCACUAGUGGUUACAUGACAGAUGGUGGCUUGGGUCUCUACACACGUCGCCUUAACAGACUGCCUGAAGGGAUCACAGCAGUACGAGAGACCCUCCAACGCAAUGCUUCAGGAGUCGGAGAUGCUGACAGCUGGGAUGAUAGCAGCUCUGUUAGCAGUGGGAUUAGCGAUACAAUAGACAACCUGAGUACAGAUGAUAUUAACACCAGCUCCUCCAUCAGCUCAUAUGCCAACACUCCAGCUGCCUCGCGGAAAGUGCUAGAUGGUCAGCCUCAGACAGACGCAGAGAAACAUUGUGCUGUAGAACGUAACUCCAUGUGGUCUGGGGAUGAAGUGAAGAAGUCAGAUGGCUCUGACAGUGGAGUUAGAAUGGACUCAAGCUCAAAAUGGCGUCGGAAUCCAUCUGAUGUGUCUGAUGAGUCAGACAAGAGUAAUUCUGGCCGAAAGAAUAUUAUCAUAUCACAGACUGGCUCUUGGCGACGGGGCAUGACUGCCCAGGUUGGCAUUACAACUCCAAGAACUAAAACCACAACUCCUGUUCCCAGCACCUUGAAAACACAGAGCACUGGAAAGACAGAUGAUGCCAAAGUAUCAGAGAAAGGUCAACUUUCCCCUAAAUCUGCCACAGUUCAGCGCUCCCCCUCAGAUGCUGGACGAAGCAGUGGAGAUGAAGCCAAGAAACCACCUUCAAGUGCUUCUAGGACCCCAACAAACACAUUUGGUUUUAAAAAACAGUCAGGUGGAAUGACUAUUAUCACUGCUAGUGGUGCCACCAUCACAAGUGGCUCAGCCACUCUGGGCAAAAUCCCUAAGUCCUCUGGCCUCAUUGGCAGGUCUGGUAACCGAAAGGCUAGCAUUGACGGAUCACAAAAUCAAGAUGAUGGCUAUCUUCCUAUCAGUGCACGAACAACCCUUCAGUAUCGUAGUCUUCCCAGGCCCAGUAAAUCUAGCAGCAGAAAUGGUGGUAACCGUUCUAGUACUAGCAGCAUUGACUCUAAUCUCAGUAGCAAGUCUGCAGGCCUUCCUGUCCCAAAAAUAAGAGAACCUUCAAAAGUUACUGUUGUGAAUUCUAUACCUGGCAUACCCAAUCAGACUGAUAGGGAAAAAGGGGUCUCUUCAGACACAGAGAGUGUUGCUUCUGGUAACUCAAUCAAAGCCAGCCCUUGCACUCAAACAGGGAUGUCCAGCUCUCAGAGCAAUCGACAGCAAGGCUCAAAGUAUGUUGAUGUCUCAUCACCUACUUUACGCAGACUGUUUGGCACCAAGCCUGGAAAACAAGCACCAGUAACAACAUCGGAGAAUAUGAAGAAUUCUGUGGUCAUCUCAAACCCUCAUGCCACCAUGAACCAGCAAAUUAUCUUAGAUUCCCCUUCUGGGAGUGGGGUAUUGAGCAGCGGUGCUAGCAGUCCCCUAUAUAACAAGACCCUCGACACUGCCCAUUGCUCACUUGCCUCAAGUCCUGGCUCUGUGCACUCUGCACCAUCUAACAGCUUAACCUGGGGAACCAACCUCAGCAGCUCUUCCACCAUGAGCAAGGAAGGGCUUGGCUACCAGUCAGUCAGUAGCCUCCACACCAGUUGUGAAUCAAUUGACAUUUCUAUGGGAAGCAAUAACAACUCUGCUAGUGGUUUCACUUCUUCCAAAGAAGAUUCCUUGUCUGCAUUUGUGAGGACAAACAGUGUGAAGACAGCUGUUUCAGAGAGUCCUCUCUCUUCCCCAUCUGCUAGUCCCAAAUUCAGCAGAAAUACUUUACCUCGGAAACAGGACAGCGACCCUCAUCUUGAUAGAAACACCUUGCCUAAGAAGGGACUCAGGUAUCCAGCAUCUUCCCAACUGCGAAGCCAUGAAGAUGCCAAGGAAUGGCUUCGAUCUCACUCUGCAGGAGGCUUACAGGAUAGUGCCAGCAACUCCCCAUUCUCUACAGGCUCCAGCAUUACCUCUCCCUCAGGGACCCGGUUCAAUUUUGCCCAGCUUGCCAGUCCCACCACUGCUUCCCAAAUCAACCUUGCAAAUUCCACUAUGCUCAGAACUAACAGUCUUUCUAAUCAGGAUGUACCCUAUGACCCUUACAGUGAUUCUCGCUUCCGGAACAGCUCCAUGUCCUUGGAUGAGAAAAGUAGGACGAUGAGCCGUUCAGGAUCCUUCAGGGAUGGCUUUGAAGAAGUGCAUGGGUCAUCCUUGUCUCUUGUCUCCAGCACCUCGUCAAUCUACUCAACGCCUGAAGAAAAGUCCCAGUCAGAGAUUCGCAAGCUCCGCAGAGAGCUUGAUGCAUCGCAGGAGAAGGUUUCUGCCCUCACCACUCAGCUGAGUGCUAAUGCACAUCUUGUGGCAGCAUUUGAGCAGAGCCUUGGAAACAUGACCAUAAGACUACAGAGCCUCACAAUGACUGCAGAACAGAAGGAUUCAGAGCUUAAUGAAUUAAGAAAGACAAUUGAAUAUCUAAAAAAGCAAAAUGCUGCUGCCCAGGCUGCCAUUAAUGGGGUUAUUAAUACCCCAGAACUUGCUUGCAAAGCUCCAGGUAAUGGCAGUCCUCAGUCAUCAGACCUCAGAAUUCGCAGGCAGCACUCUUCUGACAGUGUGUCCAGCAUUAAUAGUGCAACAAGCCACUCCAGUGUUGGCAGUAAUGUGGAGGCUGACACGAAGAAGAAGAAAAAGAAAAACUGGUUACGAAGCUCCUUCAAGCAAGCAUUUGGAAAGAAAAAAUCUCCCAAGUCAGCGUCCUCCCACUCAGACAUUGAAGAGAUGACAGAUUCCUCUCUCCCAUCAUCCCCAAAACUUCUUCAUAAUGGAUCUACUGCCUCUACCCCACUCAUGAGGACCUCCCACUCCAACUCACUUAUUUCUGAAUGCACAGAAAGUGAAGCUGAAACCAUCAUGCAGCUGCGUAGUGAACUGAGGGACAAGGAAAUGAAGCUGACAGACAUUCGGCUAGAAGCCUUGAGCUCUGCUCACCAGCUUGAUCAACUUCGGGAGGCAAUGAACAGAAUGCAGGGUGAAAUCGAAAAGCUAAAAGCAGAGAAUGAUCGGCUUAAAUCGGAGACCCAAGGAAGCUGUACUCGGGCUCGGUCCCAGCUUUCCAUUUCAUCAUCUCCUAGGCAGUCUGUGGGUCUAUCUCAGCAUAGCCUGAACCUCACAGAAUCCACCAGUCUUGACAUGCUACUGGAAGACAAUGGAGAUGGUACCACUCGCAAAGAAGGACGACAUGUUAAGAUUGUUGUCAUCUUACAUGAUGAAGUUAAAUGGAAAGAGGAAUCUAGACCACGGCAGUAUCUCGUUGGCUGCAUUGGAGUUAGCGGUAAAACUAAAUGGGAUGUGCUGGAUGGUGUGGUGAGACGUCUUUUUAAGGAAUAUAUCAUUCAUGUUGAUCCAUUAAGCCAGCUGGGUUUAAACUCUGACAGUGUUGUGGGCUACAGCAUCGGAGAUAUACAUCGCACAAAUGGAGCUGAAACCCCUGAACUCUUACCAUGUGGCUAUCUUGUGGGAGAAAACACAACCAUAACCGUCACCUUGAAAGGCAUUUCUGAGCACAGCCAAGAUAGCCUGGUGUUUGAAACGCUCAUCCCUAAACCCAUGAUGCAGAGAUACGUGACUCUUCUGUUGGAACACAGACGCAUCAUUCUGUCGGGGCCGAGUGGCACUGGGAAGACCUACUUAGCCAACCGGUUAGCAGAGUAUGUGGUUUUAAAAGAGGGCAGAGAGCUUACAGAUGGCAUCAUCGCUACAUUCAAUGUAGACCAUAAAUCCAGUAAGGAGCUGCGGCAGUACCUGUCAAAUCUAGCUGACCAGUGCAACAGUGAGAGCCAGGCAGUCGACAUGCCCCUUGUCAUCAUCCUUGAUAAUCUCCACCAUGUCAGCUCUCUGGGGGAGAUUUUCAAUGGCCUCUUAAACUGCAAGUACCACAGGUGCCCAUAUAUUAUAGGCACAAUGAAUCAAGCUACAUCUUCAACACCAAACCUUCAGCUUCAUCAUAAUUUCAGAUGGGUGUUAUGUGCCAACCAUACCGAGCCAGUUAAAGGCUUCCUAGGGCGGUACCUGCGAAGAAAGCUGAUUGAAACAGAAAUCAGCACCAGAAUAAGAAAUACUGAGCUGACUAAAAUAAUUGACUGGAUUCCCAAAGUCUGGCAGCAUCUGAACAGAUUUCUGGAAACUCACAGCUCAUCCGAUGUUACAAUUGGUCCAAGAUUGUUCUUAUCGUGUCCAAUUGAUGUGGAUGGUUCAAGAGUGUGGUUUACUGACCUGUGGAAUUACUCCAUUAUACCAUAUAUGUUGGAGGCCGUAAGAGAAGGACUUCAGCUGUAUGGAAGGAGAGCCCCCUGGGAAGACCCUGCCAAAUGGGUGAUGGACACUUAUCCCUGGGCAGCCAGCCCCCAGCAGCAUGACUGGCCACCACUUCUUCAACUGAGACCAGAAGACGUGGGUUUUGAUGGCUACUCUGUAGCCCGGGAGGGUUGUUCAAGUAAACCAAUGCAUCAGAGUGAUGUAGAAGGAGACCCAUUGAUGAACAUGCUGAUGCGACUUCAGGAGGCAGCAAACUACUCCAGCCCGCAGAGUUAUGACAGUGACUCAAACAGCAACAGUCAUCACGAUGACAUCUUGGAUUCAUCGCUGGAAUCAACUUUAUGAUGAUUAUCAGUUGUAAACUUUAAAAACAAAAAAAAACCUCGUAAUACUUGAGAAAAAAUUGCAGAAUGUGACUCCGAAUAAAACACAGCUGCGAGAGCAAGCCACUUUAUAUUAAGCCUACUUGUCAUCUUUGGUGCCGGUAACCCAGGAUGACGUUUUUUGUAAUUGUAUAAAAUGGGGAUGGGGAGAAAUCUGUACUGUUCUAUUUUUACAGUCUGUUUGCUAAUGGCUUUAAAAUGCUGACUAUAAAAACUUUAUAUGCGUUCACACACAAAAACAAAAAAAAACACGACUGAAAUUUUAAACUGUGGAACAAGUGUGCCAUGCACUGCCUGACAACAAGAUGCCGUCUUGUUUCUGCUACUGUGAACCAAACGUCUGGUAACGGUUGGCUGGCCUGUCCCAGCCGCUCUGAUGAGUUUCCUCUGCCGUUAUUGGCUGCUUACGGUUAGGGUGCUAUACCUGCAGUACACACCUGGCUCUGGGGGUUAUAGUUAAACAGGGAGAAGCAGCAGGGAAUUUGCCAACAUCUCCUGGCUGCCUGUGUUUCAUCAGCCACUCUUGUUGCCCAUUUUCCUCAGUCCAGCUGACUGUAUCUAAUGUAAUGUACAAUUAAGGAGCGCUUGCAAGCCGAUUUCAAGUAAUACUCUUAAUAAAAUGAUUUAAAAUUGCAUACAGGUGCGUAAACUCACUCGGAAUAAUCCACACAAACAGAACUGUUUACCAUUUGAUGCCUUGUUGCCUAUUAAUGUACACAUUCCAGCAGGGUUAGUCGACUGAAAUUUGAAUGAUACCUGAAACGUAAUCUGCCGUUUAGUGUGAAAACGGACCGGAACAUGAAAACAGCGUGCAGGCCCGCUCAGCGUCUAGUGGUAUAGACCGUCCUUUUGGCUUCAUUUCUGUGGAAGUAGACUCAUCGUGAACAUCCGCUACAUAGAACUGUACCUCCGCACAUUCCCUCAGAUGACCGGUGCAAGCUUUUAUAAACAUCUUUAUUUGGUGCUGAACUUUUAAAUGAUGCCUUACUUGUUUUUUCUAAUAUUCGUGUUAAUGUGUAUUAAUGCUAUUUUUGGAACAUUACAAUAUAGGGCUGAUAUUUCAUCUCGAGAAAAAAAAAAAAACGUGAAAAGAGAAGAAAACGUGAACACCUCUUUGCAGUUGUGAACUAAUCUUGAUUACGACUUGCAGGGCAAAAACAUGGAAGUGUUCAGGGUCUGUCUGUCCUCCUGGGUCAUUCGGAUAACAUCGCGAACCUUGGUGCUCAUGUGUCCGCGUGUGACAGCGUUGUACGUGUUGUCUCAAGGUCACUCACAGCCUGUCGUUACAAGAGGGCCGGCCGUUUCUUAUACCUCAUAAGCCUUGGAAUUUCACUUUACUUUCCGAUGUCGUUCUUUUAUUUUAAGGUUUAGAAAAAAAAAAAAAAGGCUUGUAAUUGUGACUGCAUGAAAAGUUAAAAGAAAGUCAAGGUGGGUGUUUGUUUAUUGCUAAAAGGUGUACUGAUGGGUGAGGUGGAUUGUGAUCUGACUGAUCAGAUUGUCAUUUACUUCCCCUUUGUAAGGUUUUUAUCACUUGUCUCCAGAAAGAUUCCUACAUGCAAUGCUCUUUCCUGGCUGGUAAGUCCUGUAAAUGGCAGAUUUUUCAACAAUAUGAAUGUCAUGGGCGUGGAGUUUUUGUGAAAAGGGUCAUAGGAAGCUUAGAUUUCUUUUCUUUCUCUUUUUCUUUUUUUUUACAAUUAGCCAUUCUUCAUACACUUGAGCACAAGCCCCUUUUGCGACAAAAAAUAAACCUUCAUUUUUGCAAUUACAACGUUACACAAGUGCAGUCCAGACCUUUUUAUUAGGAUGCUUCCCUUUCUGUUUUGGCUUUAUUUUGUGUAUUCUUGGUUGAAAUUCCUAUGCAACAUUCAUUUUGAAUUUUAAAUGGAAGCCAAAAAGUUUCCUAGUGUUGUCAGAACUGCCAUGAGAAUUUGUACAGGGAGUUUACUACACUUGUGUCGGUAUUUAAUUAGCAUUUUCUGUAAAUCUGGGAAAUGGUUUUGUUCAAUAUUUGUAAUGCAGGCACUAAGAUGCUGGUAAGAUGCAUUUUUCUUUGUUUUCCUCGCCUGACUGUAUUUCAUUUCCCAUAAGAAGUCUGGUUGUGCAAAAUUAAUGGAAGGUGACUGGUGGAUCUGUCUGUUUCCAGUGGAACAUUUUGUCAAUGAAUGUGUUUUGCAAUGAUGUACAUUUUGUUUUUCUUUGUAACAUAGAUAUGUAAAUAACUGAUUUACAGUGCUGCAUUUUGAUGAACCUUUUCUAGUCAUUUUUAAGAAGAAUUAGUAUUUUGUGUACAGUACAAUGUUUUCAUCACACACAAUUUUUCAGUCUUUCAUUAACAAGUCUGUAUAAGAGUAUGUUAUUCAUUCUGCAAGACUAAAUUUGAUCACUGUAUGAGUCUUAAAUUAUUCAUGAUUGAAUAAAAUAAAUGCUUAUUUAUUACAAAA